AUGGCUCGUAAAGUUGGUAAGGAGAGUGAUCAUGAUGGUAAACAAUCUCGUGGUUUGCAAACUGAGAUAAAUCCGUUGUUGUUGUCUUCAAAUUUGAACCUUAUUAAGGAGCAAUAUAGAAAUGCGAAUCCAUAUCUGAGCACAUCGACCCUGCGAUCGAAUGAUAAGGUUACCAAGAGGUUGGAGAGGGGUUUGAAGUUCCAUGAGAAAGGAGAAGUGAGCUCACAGAUUGAACGUCAGAGGGAAGAACAACGAUUGGAGUACGAGAGACAGAAAGAACAGGAAAUACUUAACAAAAUACGAAGAGAAAAGGAGCAAGCUGAAACUAGUGCCAAAAUAGCUCGUGGUGAAUUGCCUGAUACAAAAGUAGGAGAAGAUAAAUAUAUCAGACGUAUAGAGGAUGUUCCCGAGGUAGAAUGGUGGGAUAAGCCUUACCUGGAUGACCAAUUAAAUGUCCUACCGAAAUACCAGGGUGGUUACGAAGAGGAAAGUGAAAGUGAUGAGGAGGACGAAGUACCUUCAAUUCAGUACGUACACCAUCCUGUGCCCAUCAAGGUCCACAAUCCCAAGCCUACGACAAAAGUAUAUUUAACCAAGAAAGAACAGAAGAAGAUUCGUCGUAAUAAGAGAAAGUUCGAGCGAGAAGAAAAGGAAACCCGAAUUAAGAUGGGUUUAGAUCCAAAACCUGAGCCUAAAGUGAAAUUGUCCAACAUGAUGAGCGUUUACGAGAACAACCAAAAUAUCACCGACCCCACCCAGUGGGAACACACAGUAAUCGAGCAAGUUGAACAGAGGAAGAGGAAACAUUUGGAGACUAACAUGAUUAGGCACGAGGAAGCUGUAAAAAGACGUAAAGAGAGUAAAAAAGUCGAGCUUUCAACUGAUAAUUGUUGUAAAGUAUUUCGAUUCAAGAGUUUGGCGAAUCCAAAGAUCCGAUUCAAAUUAAACACAAACAGCAAACAACUUGCACUGCGAGGAGCAUGUCUUCGAGUGGGUGAUCAGGGUGAAGGGAUGAUCAUUGUGGUAGGAAGCGAAAAAUCGUGCAAAUUCUUUGAACGGUUGGUGUUGGAGAGGAUAAAAUGGGACGAACCAUUCCGUGAUCGAGCCACCGAUACACUAAUUGAAACACCGAACAAUCACGCCGAAAAGGUAUGGCAAGGAUAUCUGGAGUGCAGUAAAUUCCCACGAUGGUUCAUGAAAGUUUGUCGCGAUGACCUUGAACUAAAAAAUACACUGCGUCAAUUCGACGCUGAACAUUUCUUGACAGACGUUUCUCAUACUUAG